UUCAACACCGACACGGUGUGCGACGGUUUCCGCAACGAAUGCUACAAGCGCGCCUCUUCCACCGUCCAGCUGCGCGCCACCUGUCGUGCUCAUGCCGACGAAGGCUUUGUGCGCUUCCAAUGCGUCGAGCUGCGCAAUCGCGGAGGAGCAUGGAGCGGUACUUCUGAAGUUGGAAAUGUGAUGGGUCUAAAGGAGGUCAAGCAGUCCGAUGGACGUUGCAAUGAAAUCUACCAGGGACUCUGCCUCAACGAUCAAGCUCCCACGGGCACCGUCCAGCUGCAAGACCCUUUCUUGGCCCAGCCUGCUCCUUGAGCGCGCCCCAACGAUGCUCUGUGAAAGACCGCGGCGCGCAUCGAGUCAAGUCAAGCGUUUUCAACAAGUGAAACCCAACCAGAAGAUUUCUACAUUCUUACUACUUUUCGCUUCACAAUUGCCUUUCUAAUAAUAUAAUGCCAGGCCCCCCAUGCGUAUCGCCUUCCUUGCUCCAAUCUUUUCCUUAAUGCAAAUGCGUAAUUGUUUUUCUUCCCCUUUCUUUGAAAGAGACGCGAGCGUCUCGCUUCGAGAAGUGCAAGUCGUGUAUGUACAAUCGCAGUCAAAAAGGUGAAAGUGGCAAAGAGGCGAUGCGUCCUUCUUAUCCUCUCGGGCCUCAAUCCUGCUGGCUGCGCAAAAUGGCCUUGGAGCGCUGCUGCACGUUGCGCAAUGGAUGUUUGCGGGCUAAACCCCCUGCCAGCAUACACGUUU